AUGGUGCCCUGGGCUGGGGGCAUCUGUGACCAGGGGGACCCAGGGCUGGCGUCACCAGCCCCCCCAGGGAUCGAGCGCUCUUUAAAGGGCAGCGCCAAGAGUGACAGCCUGUACCAUCUCCGGGAAGCGCAGCCGCAGACCCGGUUAGAGGGGGGUGAAGAUGAGCCCACAGGGCCCGGCCGUCCUCAUUGUGUGCCUGGCUUGGGGCAGGACGGUGCCCCCCAGGGACUCUCCAGCUCCUGCUCCCCCCUGCCUCUUCCUGGGCAGGGGAUGAGGACUGAGCUAAAUGAGACAUUGGGGGCAGGGUCCCCAUCAUCCCGUCUGGUUGGGCUCAUCCCAGCCGCCUUCUUGGAGGUGGUGACCCUUCUGGGCAAUGGAACCGUGCUGGCUGUUGUCCUCCGCACCCCUGCCCUCCGGAAAGCAAUCUACCUUGCCCACCUCUGCCUGGUAGACCUUCUGGCUGCAGUCUCUGUGAUGCCCCUGGGCCUGCUAGCGGCACCCCCAGGCCUGGGAACCGUGUACCUGAGCCGGGGCCAGUGUAGAGCUGCCCGCUUUGUCACUGCCACCUUGGUAUCAGCCUGCACCCUGACGUUGGCUGCCCUUGGCCUGGAGCGCUACCGCUACAUCCUGCAUCCGCUGAGGCCCCGGCCCCGGCCCCCACCGAUCUUGGUGCUGGGGCUCGUGUGGGGUGUGUCUGGUCUCCUGGGGGGGCUUUCACUCCUGGGCCGGCCUUCUCCAAACUGCUCUCUGGUGGCUGGUCCCCCAGGACCUUUCCGGCCUCUCUGGGCCAUCCUAGCCUUCGCUCUGCCUGCUCUGCUCCUCCUGGUCUCUUAUGGCAGCAUCUUUCGUGUGGCCAGACUGGCAGCUCUUCGCCCCCCACCCCCUGCUCCUGGCCCACGGCCCCGCUCAGACUCCCUGGACAGCCAUCUGUCCAUCCUGCCGCCCCGGCUGGCCAGCCCACACCUGGUAGGUGGCAAGGCAGCCCUGACGUUGGCACUGGUGGUGGGCCAGUUCCUUGGCUGCUGGCUGCCUUUCUUUGCUGCGUGUCUGCUGCCUGGGCGCUGGAGCAUAGGCGUAGAGGUGGCCCUCACCUGGCUGGCCUACUCUUCCUUUGCUGCCCACCCUUUCCUCUACGGUCUCCUGCAGCGGCCUGUGCGUGAGGAGCUGAGCCGCCUGGCCCGAGCCUGGCUCCGAGCAGUCCCAGGACCCUGGCACUGCCCACCGGGAACUUGGCUCCCCCAAAGCUUCCUGAAGCUCCUCCGGGGAGACCCAGAGAGCCCAGCCCUGGAUCCUUCUGCUGGCCAGGAAGCAAACACAAUGACUGCGGAGGGGCCUGGCCUGGACCGGGGAGAGACCACCUGAAAGAGGAGACUGGGGAGGGAAAAGGGGAGGAGGAAAUCCUAAAAUACCAGAGAGACGGAAGCCAGCCAGCCAAGCAGAUACACAUACACCCCUGCACUAGCAGUUCUCAGGGUGGUCUUGUACUGUGUCCAGCCCGAGCCUCCCGUCCCCCACGACUUUGCUAGGGACGAGAGCCCCUGGGGAGCCUCUGCCCCGGUUGGGUGUGUACGAGCUCUCCUUUCGUCUGCCAGCAGGCCUCCCCUGACACAACCAAGCCCAGCCCUGCUCCUCAGAGGACACAGUCUCCCACCCCGCUAGGAGCCCUUGGAGUCUCCCCCUUCCCCCGGGCCCCUUCGUCCCCAAGGCCUCCCAAACUGGCAGUGAGGAGUGGCAUCCUCCCCCUACUCCAUCCUUCACUGCUCCAGAGUGUCUCCCGUCCAGACCCCGCCCCCCACACACACCUAUUCUCCCCGUGGUCAGAUAGACAAAAAGGUUUCCUCGACCACGUCAAGGAGGUAACUAAAGGAGGUUGUGGAAACCUCCUCUGGGUCGGGAUUGACUUUAAGACUCCAGCAUAUUCCAGGAAUGGGUCACCACCCUGACGCAGGAGUCUGGAUGGGACGACCUUGAAGUCCCUGGCAACCAGAGGAUCAAUGCCUGGGAGAAGUAUAAAAAGCCAGGCCGGACUGGAUGGGGCCAAGAGCCAGAGCCAAGACUGCAGGAUCAGGAAUCCUCACACAGCUACUCGGGGUGAGGAUAGAGAAUUGAGGGGGGGCCCAACCGGGUGAGGUGGGGAGAGACCCUCCGGGGGGCCCCAAAACAAGGAUGCUCCUUGGGCCAUGGAAGCACAUGGGAAACGUGUUCUUAAAGAUGACUUUAGUCUUGUCUCCCCCUUAGCUCUCUGCCUAUCCCUUUCCCCAAUUCAAACUGGAGACAUCCAG